AUGUCCACUUCCAGCAUCCAGAUGUUGUACAAUGCGGAGGAAGAAAGCAGGCAGACCUUGGACACUGACUUGGGCCAGCUCAAAAGGACAGUGGCAGUGGCCAGUCUGAGCACUUUCUGCCUCGGGUACAAUACAGGCAUCGUGGCUGGUGCACAGGAGGCCAUUAUGGAGGAUUUGAAGUUGGAGAAUCUGGCUGUGGCAGAGCUGGUCAGUGCGGCGCUGUUGGGCGCGACUGUGGGUGCUUUGUGCGGACAGUUUGCCAACAGCUUGGGCCGACGACGUGCAUUGUUGACCACUGCGCUAUUGUUUCUGGCGGCACCACUCCUGUCAGCAACAGCUCCUAACUAUGGAUUGUUGCUGUUUGGCAGGACUUUGACCGGAAUACCCAUCGGAGUCUCGUCGGUGCUGACCAACUUGUACAUCACCGAGGUGAGUCCUGCAGUUUGUAGAGGUCGUUUGGGAGGAUGGGCGCCCUUUAUUGGCACAAGUGGCAUUUUGGUGUCUUACUUAGUGUCUGCAGUGUUGCAGACCUUCCCCAAUGCGGCUUGGAGAUUCCAAAUUGGCCUGGGAGCUGUUCCAGCACUUGCGCAACUCUUCCUCAGCGGGAACCUCCCGGAGACGCCGCGCUGGCUGCUCUCACAAUCCCGAAAGGGAGAGGCGAAAGAAAGUCUUCGUCAACUCUUUCGCAAGGUGCACAGCAGGUGCAUUGAGGAAGAGAUGUCCAGACUUGAGGGGGACCUCCGUGCCAUCUCGGACGUUCCAAACGUUCCAAUGUGGGGGCUCUUUGGUGGUCAGCACAGAGCAGCUACUUUUGUCGGUGUUGGCAUCAACGUGUUGCAGCAGGUGUCAGGCAUCAACGUCUUCAUCUAUUUUGCCGAACAGAUCUUGGAUGACGCCGGUCUUGGCCACUAUGCCAUGCUUUCUGCAGCCAUUGUAAGUGGCAUCCAACUGGCGGCCACUGCUGCUUUGAUCAGAUACAUUGACAAACUGGGCCGACGGCCCUUGGCUGCCACUGGCAUCGUCGGCAUGCUCGUGGGCUUAAUGCUCAUUGUGGUGGGUUCCCUCCUGCGAGGGGCGGGUGCCUUGCUCAGUGUCACGGCUUGGUUUGCCUUGAGUAGCAUGUUGAUCUACCGCGCUGCAUUUUCCUUAUCUCUUGGGCCGUUGCCCUACGUCAUGACUUCGGAGUUCUUCGCGCAAGAAGCGCGAGCGGCAGGAGUUGGUUUCUGCUGGGCCAUGAAUUGGCUGUCGAACUUCGGGGUCUCUUUGUGCUUCAAAGUCUUGGUGAAGGCUCUUCCUGGCCCUUACGGACAGGCAAUCAUUUUUGGCAUGUACAUGUUCUUUUGCGUUGUUGCUUUGGUCUUUGUUCUUUUGCUUUUGCCCGAGACCAACGGGGUUUCCUUGGAGGCGCAUGCAGAGAGAGCUCGGCUUCGUGAGGUCUUGCUUUGCACGCGGCGUGAUGAGCCGACUCAGGCCUUCGCCGUGAAGGUUGUGGACAUGGAGAGUAGCCAAGCUAAAGCGAUGCAGGUUUACCAAGCCGCUCGAGAUGAGUUGGAGAUCAUGAAGGGCUUGAAUCAUCCCCACAUUGUGAAACUCAUCCAAGUCUUCCAGGACAAGAGAUUUCUAUAUGUGGUGAUGGAGCGCGUGAAGGGGGGGGAACUUUUUGAGGCCUUGAAGUCAGAGCUAGCCGUCAUCGUUGAACAGGACGUGGCUGGGGUCGGGCUUCAGUUGAUGAAGGCUUUGGAUUACAUCCACAGUUGCAACAUCGUGCAUAGAGACAUCAAGGCGCAAAACAUUCUCUUGAGUCAUCCUCCCAUCCUUCCAGGCCGUGCUCUACAGAAUGCCGAAAUCAAGCUCAUUGACUUCGGCUUGUCGGCCAAACUUCCACGGGAGUGUUGGCGGCAUCAAGACCGGGCUUUUGACACCAUUUGCGGAACUCCGGCCUGCUGUGCACCAGAGAUUUGGGCAACUCAGGAGAAGGCCAUGCCUCUCUGGCGAAAGCGCUGGGGAAUGAGGUAUGGAUGCAAAGUGGACAUCUAUGCCGCAGGAGUUGUGCUCUACAUGGCUUUGCUAGGCAAGUUGCCAUUCAAUGCUUCAGAUACCAGAAAGCUAGCGACCUUGGUGUGUAGCCCUCAUGAGUUCCCCAGUUACCAGUCCAAGGAUGGAGGCUUCCAGGUCUCUAAGAGCUGCAGGGAGUGCCUUUCCAUGAUGUUGGAGAAGGACCCCAACAAGCGCUGCUCAGCAUUGCAGGCCUCCCGCCAUCAGUGGCUUCAAGGCACUGCCCCGAAGAAGCGAUCGCUGCCGAAGCCCAUUCCACAGGAGGUUCGCAGCAGCGCUGCAGAGGAGGCACAGGCCGCUGCACAUGUGCAGACAUCACAGAAAAUUAGCACUGAGGUGGAAAACGAACGACUCCAAGCCCUUGUUCAGGCUCGGAACGACUGGGAGGAGGCACUGGAGGAUAGCGAGGAAUCAUCUGAAUCAGAGAGCUCAAGUUGCUGA